AUGAAAAUAACGCGAAAAAGUUGGUUGCAGGGCAAGGCGAACCGUGACCAGUCACUAGAACACCUCAGACAACAUAUUCACAAAUUCUACGUGCCACUUGGCCGCCAGUUCAUGGUGCUAUUUCCUGAAGACGGAAAUUUCAACCAAAGCUUCGCCAAUAAGAUCAUCGAUUACAAGAUAGGUGAUAGUGUGGAAUGGAUCCUGGAUGUUACCAUCGCCUAUUCCGAGAAAAUCCCUCUGCAUUUACUAGACGUGGUGCCAACAGACUCUGAAGGCAUGACAAAUUGGCUCUACGACAGGUUUAUAGAGAAAGACAAGAUGCUUGAAGAGUUUUACCGCACUGGGAAAUUCCCCGCUGGCUCCACCACUUGUGUGACUCGACGUGUGAGGCAGGACAACCUUCGAUAUCUGAUCCUGCACAUGUUCUUUAUAGCAUCAAGCAUCUUUCAGUACCAGAUGUUCUCGUCACUCGUAAGCUACUUCUGGUAA